AUGUGGCUAUUGCUGCUAUUUACUGGACCAAUAUUGGGUGUUCCGUACAAUCAACCAAAACUUUGUGCAAAUGCAUCGUGGAAUUCCACAGCGGUAACGUUCGCGAAUAGCACUGCAGUUGGUACAACUCCCUACGGUAUUUUUGUUAAUUCAAAUAAUACCGUCUAUGUGGCUGAUCGAUUAAAUUCGCGGAUUCAAGUAUGGCUUAACGGGAAUACGACACUCACAAGAACUAUCUCUGGUGGUUUGAGCCUGCCUUAUAGUCUUUUUGUCACGGACAACGGUGAUAUUUAUGUCGACAAUGCCAAUACAAAUCAACGGAUUGACAAAUGGGGAUCAAAUUCAAAUAGUAGCGUGCCAGCGAUGUAUGUUUGCGCACAAUGCUAUGGUGUUUUCGUCGAUAUCAAUAAUAUGCUUUAUUGUUCGAUGUAUGCUUCACAUAAAGUUAUUUCACAAUCAUUGAAUAACAGCGUAAAUAUAUGGAAUUUGGUUGCUGGCACGGGGACCGCUGCAAAAACACCGCCUACACUUUAUAAUCCUCGCGGAAUCUUUGUCGAUAAUAAUUUAAAUUUGUAUGUGGCUGAUAGUACCAAUGAUCGAAUUCAAAUAUUUCCAUCAGGACAAUUAAAUGGAACAACAAUAUCAACAGGAACUAUCGUAAUAAAUAAUCCAACUGCAGUUGUUCUCGAUGCUGAUGGAUAUGUCUUUAUUGUUGAUAGUAGUAAUCAUCGUCUUAUUGGUUCAAAUGCUAACGGAUUUCGAUGUAUUGCAGCUUGUUCUGGACAAGGAUCACAAUCUUAUCAAUUAUCGAACCCAUUAACUCUUAGUUUUGAUAGUUAUGGAAACAUAUUUGUUACUGAUCAAACCAAUAGUAGAAUUCAAAAAUUUCUUCUCAUCACAAAUUCAUGUAAUGGAACGACAACAAAUACAACUAUAACUUCAAUCAAUACUACUCAAUCAGUUCCUCUUGUUACAAACUCGACAACUGCAUCAUCUUCAAAACCUCUUUCGUACAAUCUACUAAAAUUCGCUACAAAUACUUCUUGGAGUGCUAAUGGAAUAACUUUCGUCGAUUCAACCGUAACUGGAGCAUUUAUUUAUACUGUAUUUAUUGAUACUAAUAAUACUAUUUAUGUGUGUGAGUGGAUUGCAGCUCGUAUUCAAGUAUGGCAUGAAGGUGAUACCGCACCCACAAGGAACAUCAGCGGUGAUUUAAUUCGUCCAUAUACUAUGUUUGUGGCUCUUAAUGGUGACGUUUAUGUUGAUAAUGGUCUUUCAAAUAGUCGCGUCGAUAAAUGGACAACAAAUUCAACUGUUAGUGUUCCGGCAAUGAAUGUAAAAGCCGCGUGUUGGGGACUUUUUCUCGAUAUUAUGAACAAUCUUUAUUGUUCAAUAGCUGCAACCGAUCAAGUUGUUGUGAAAUCAAUGACUACAAAUUCAGACAUGUGGAGAGUUGCUGCUGGUUCAGAUUGUGCAGUGCCAACAACAAAUACACUUAGUAGUCCUCGAGGAAUUUAUGUUGAUACAGAUUUAAAUUUAUAUGUUUGUGAUUGUGGACAUAAUCGAAUUCAAUUAUUUUUAUCAGGACAACUAAUUGGACAAACGGUUGCAGGUACUGGAGCAACAGGAACUAUUGAUCUCGCUUGUCCUACUGGAAUUACUUUGGAUGCUGAUGGUAAUCUAUUCAUUGUGGACUAUUCUAAUCAGCGUAUCGUUGCGUCAGGACCCAAUGGAUAUCGUUGUUUAAUUGGAUGUAUAGGUACUGCUGCUGCGACGUCAAAUCAGUUAUCAAAUCCAACAUUCGUAACUUUUGAUACUUAUGGAAAUCUAUAUGUUGCCGAUGAUUGGAAUAGUCGAGUUCAAAAGUUUCUUAUAAUAAAUACUUUUACUAGUGUGACUGUUAAUCAACCAAAUUUUUGUCCAUCUACAACUUGGUAUACAGCAGGUAUUACAAUUACCAAUAGCAGUACAGUUGGCACACGUCCAUAUGGUGUUUUUGUCGGUAUUAACAAUGCUAUUUAUGUAACGGAUCAAGAUCAUGAUCGGGUUGUUAUGUGGUCCGAAGGAAGUAUUAACCCAAAUAAAAUUUUUUCUGGUGGUCUCAAUGACCCAUAUGCUGUUUUUGUUAUUCCGAAUAAUGACUUAUAUGUUGAUAAUGGUAUAAGUUAUAGUCGAGUCGAUAAAUGGUCAUCGAAUUCAAAUACAAGUACUCCUGCAUUGACAGUUCCCCAAGAAUGCUAUGGGCUUUUUAUUGACACUAGCAAUGUUAUUUACUGUGCAUCAACUGCUGCUAAUAAAGUUGUCAAGAGGUGGUUAAAUGACAAUGUAACGACAUCAUCAAUUAUUGCUGGUACAGGUACUGCAGGAGCAACUGCAACUACAUUAAAUCGUCCUGUCGGAAUAUUUAUUGAUACUCAAUUUAAUUUAUAUGUUGCAGAUUCUGCUAACAAUAGAAUACAAAUGUUUCCAUUAAACGUUUUUACUGCAGUAACAAUAGUAGGCGCAACUGCACCAGGCACAAUUACACUUAAUACUCCAUAUGGAAUAACACUUGAUGCAAACGGAUAUCUUUUUAUUACUGAUUAUAAUAAUAAUCGAAUAAUCGGAUCAGGACCAUAUGGUUAUCGAUGUUUAUUUGGAUGUACAAGUGUUGCUGGUUCUGCAUCGACUCAAUUACAUUUCCCAUCAAGUUUAAGUUUUGAUACUUAUGGAAAUUUAUUUGUUGCUGAUUAUUAUAAUGGUCGUAUACUAAAGUUUAUAUUAACAUCAAAUUCAUGUAGUCUUUCUUAUAAUCAACCAACAUUUUGUUCUAAUUCUUCGUGGUAUUCUAAUGGAUCAACUUUUGCAUCAAGUAGUACAAUUGGUUCAUUACCUUAUGGUAUUUUCAUCGAUGGAAUCAAUACGGUGUAUGUAGCUAAUCGAGUUAAUAAUACGAUUCCCGUAUGGCCACAAUGGAGUAGUACACCGACAAGAUAUAUCUCUGGUAAUUUGAAUCGUUCAUACAGUAUUUUCGUUAGUAUUAAUGGUGAUGUUUAUGUGGAUAAUGGUUAUACAAAUGGUCGAAUUGAUAAAUUUACAUUUAAUACAUCAAAUGUAAUUACUGUAAUGAAUGUUAGUGGAAGUUGUUAUGGUUUAUUUAUUGAUAGUAUUAAUAAUUUAUACUGUUCACUUAAAGAUUUUCAUCAAGUUGUUAAACUCUUACUUAAUAAUGGUACAACCAUUCCGACAAUAGCAGCGGGAAAUGGUUCUGCCGGAUCACUAUCAAAUAUGCUUAAUUCUCCUCAAGGAAUCUAUGUUGAUAGUAGUUUAAAUCUAUAUAUUGCAGAUAGCGCUAACAAUCGUAUUCAAUUCGUACAAACUGGACAAUUAAAUGGAGUGACAAUCGCCGGAAAUGGAUCAUCAACAAGUAUUAUACUCAACUAUCCAACCGGAAUUGUUCUUGAUGCUAAUGGUUAUUUAUUUAUUGUCGAUAGUUAUAAUCAUCGUAUUGUUGCUUCAAGUUCUUCUGGUUUUCGAUGUUUAGUAGGAUGUUCAGGUGGUGGUUCAACAUCCUCUCAACUAUCUUAUCCACAGAGCAUGGCUUUUGAUAGUUAUGGAAAUAUAUAUGUUACUGAUCGAAAUAAUAGUCGAGUGCAACAAUUCACUCUUCAAUCCAACAGCUGUGGUAAGUUUGUUUGUGUAUAA